AUGACCCGAAAUUUUUCGGCCAAGGGCUGUCAACCUCAGCAACAACUACACAUUUUUACCAACGGAGCAACAUCUUCCGGCAUUGCUGCUCCGUAUCCUAUUGUUUGCCAGAACCGGUUGCACCAUAUAUCCACCCAAUUAAGGUGCAACACUUGUUUGGGCUGGUGUCACCUCAGAAACUGCUCUGGACUAAAUCAUCAUCGGGAGUGCUCGGAGACUUUUGUCGCCCCAUGCUGCCAACAACAGCGACGAAAUUCAUUGGCAGCAUCGACAUCGUCAUCGUCGUCAUCUUACGCCACACCUCCACCCUCCCCACCGCAAUCACAACAACCGCAGCAAAGACAACAUCUUCAGCAGCAACAACAACCCUCGCCGCUGACUCCAUCGAUUGCGGUCCAGAGACCUGGGGUGAUAUCCAUAUUGCAGUUUAACUGCAAUGGCCUCCAGAGUAAAUUACCCGAGAUAACCAGAUUUAUGCAGCUAAACAACAUCGUGGUCGCUGCGGUCCAGGAGACAAAACUGACGAGUAAUUCCAGUCUGCACAGUUGUAACGGUUACAACGUUCUCCGAAAAGACCGCACCAGAAGCAACGGUGGGGGCAUUGCAUUUAUAAUUCAUAACACAGUGCAGUAUAGAGCUCUUUCCCUUGAUCUCAACGCUAGGGACCAAUACCUUGAAGUCCAAGGUAUUGCAGUCAGAUCGGGGGAAACCGACCUAGAGCUCUAUAAUGUCUACAUUCCGCCAGUAGCCAGUUGUCCAUCAGGCUACCGUCCCGACAUUAGGACAUUAUUAGACGGCGAUAUGCGUCUAGUCCUUGGGGACUUUAACGCGCAUCAUCAGCUCUGGCACUCUAGUCUAGGGGAAGACCAGAGAGGCGCGUCACUGGCGGAACAAAUUGAUGAAUCCACCUUCUGCACAAUAAAUGAUGAUGCCCCCACACGGAUUAUGGGUAACUGCGCCAGCUCUCCAGACAUCACAAUAGCGAGCUCUGGUCUGAUAAACUACGCAACGUGGAGAGCAGUAGUUUCUCUAGCCUCAGACCACUUACCCAUAAUCAUUUGUCUGGAUCGACCCAAUGACUUUAUCGUCUCUGAACGCCGUCUCUACAUAAACCAAAAGAAAGCAGACUGGCCCGGCUUCAGAGAAUUCACUGAUCGCAUCUUCAAUGAUCUUCCAGCUCCUAGCAACGUACACCAAGCAGAGAGCAAGAUUUUGGGGGUCACCUUUGACAGCCUGUUUACUUCCUCAGCUCAUGCCACUGCAAUUACGCACAAAUUGCGAAGUAGAAACAAGGUCCUCAAAGCGCUAGCCGCAGCACCUGGGGAAUGGACAAAGAAACCUUGUUGGCUACCUAUAAAACUAUUGGCCGGUCAGUGGUCAAUUAUGCUGCUCCAGUGUGGUCUCCACUUUAACGAAGAAUUCUUAAACAAUAUGUCGGAUUUAUGCCUAUUUCAAAUAAAUGGAGUAUUAAAUAACUCUAAUAAACUGCUUGAUUUGGUAUUCGUAAAUGAACCUAAAGAUUGUUCCCUGAUCCGUCACCACCCUAUCACUAAACCUGAAGAUCGUCAUCAUCCUACCAUUGAAGUUAACUGUAAUUAUCCAAUUUCUGUGAAAGAUAAUAAAAAUCGUAAUGACAUAAAAGAAUACUGUUUUAAGAAGACUAAUUACAAUGAUUUAAACUUCUAUUUAUCCAAUACUAACUGGUUGGAAAUUUUAUCGUUAUCCAGAUAUAAGAAACCAGCAGCUAACUUUCCCGUCUCCCGUAUCUUUAAUUAUCUUUAA